UGCAACCUUUUCAUUAUUUUCAGGUGUAAAUAAUAACAGUUCCAACUUAGUGCAAAAUGGUGUAAAUAACGAGUCAACCCUACAACUAGAAGUUGGAAAUUUCAACUCGAGUGUACUUCCUAAGUUGGUAUUCCGGUGACUGAGCAGUAAAUGUUGAUUGGUCGAGCAGAAUCCCAUUAUAUUGAUCGGAUUCCCGUUAAAGAACUGAUAAAACCGGAAUUUUAGUUAUCAGUAAUAUAUUUGGGAUAUAAACACCAUGGACGAAUUGGAUUACUAUCUUCGAGUUGUCAUUGGAAAAGAUGCUGGACUUAUAUUUCUAUGUGUGUUUGGAGCAGUUUUAAACAGCGUCAUGCUGUAUAUGCUUUUGUCGAAAAAACAGAUACGAUCGUCGGUUCACACGGUAUAUAUGGUACAAAUUGCAUUGACGGAUCUCUUGGUGUGCGCAGUAUGGUUGGUCCUAACAAGCGUCAUCAUACACAACCUACUACUAGAGACACGCGAUUCUCCAUCUUAUGAACCGAACCACACGGAAGAAGUGGAAACAAAUGAAUCCUCUGAAUACGCCACAAUCACUGAGGAUCCUCAGGCUGGUCCAAUUCAAUAUCGGACAUGGAGAAUAAUGUAUACAUGGUACAAUUUUCACUAUUACACGAACAUAUUCCUGUUGGCAAGCAUGAGCGUGGAGCGUUGCGCAGCUGUCUGGAAGUCAAUGAGAUGUCAAAGAUAUCAGUACAACAGAAAAAUCAUCAUCGGCGUCAGUAUUUUAAUGUGGAUUCUGGCGUUUGUUUUUGUACUACCAAAUCUGAUUGAUCCUGAUUUGAUGGUAAGCGACAGUGACUCUCCGAGUAGCGUAAGUCGAACGAUCAAGUCAGAAGAAAUUCCUUCAGUAAGUCCCCAGGAAUGGGACGAAAAAACUUCAGAUGCACUACAGCAAGUUUUUCGCGAUCGCGCUUUAAAGCACAACGAAUUGAUCGGAGUACCGAGAAGUGGAAAGAUCAAAGUUGACGAAAUCGGCACAGACCCUUUGGAGAGACCUUUUGAUGCUGAAGUGAAAAUAUACAAGGCAGAUUUGGAAACACUUUAUGAAUGUUACACUCUGAUGCUACAUGCGUACAACAAUAACAGAGACUAUGUACGUGAUCACGGAGCAAUAACGAUCGAAGGUUGUCUGACAAGCAUAGUGGGAAUUAUGCAUGCCUACUCCGCGGAGUUCAGAAACGCAUCAGCAAAUAGGGGAGACGAUGGGCCAAUCCUUGAUUAUUCAACUGACUACUAUCAACCAUUUAAUGACCUUUACGAAAAUUAUGGCACUGAUCCAUACGAUGAAAUGGGCAACAGGGAACCACCACUAAUCCCCGGAGACGACUCGAUGAUUAAACCAGAAAUAUAUAACAACGAAACUGGAGUUCUGGAAGCAGUAGAAAAGCACUUUUAUCAAGAGCUAUUGGCUGACGCUGUCAAGACUCUAUUGGAACAUCAUCACAAUGCAAGCCAGAAUGAAGCCUGCGAUCCAAAUUUGUCAGACGCGGCAAGAGUAUACGUUCUUGUCGUAAAUUUGGUGCUGGGUUUCUUUGUUCCAUUCUCCAUCAUCGUUUUCAGUUAUGUCUCUAUUGCAUAUAUGAUAGGAAAGCGAGCACGCAGUCGAAUGAAUCCCGGCAUUAGUGAAACCUCUACAACACAUUUCGCGCACAACUACCUCCAAAACCAAUCGACCACAAACAUCCCACUGGGACCGAUUAAUAUGAGAGAAAAGCAUUCCCGCACACGAAGAGAUUCAAUGGGACGUCGCAUGUCUGACUUUAUGAGAUACGUUGUUUUACGAAAACCACAAGGUGGUGCAGACAAUCGUACGUAUUGGACUGAAAGCGAUCGCGGAGAGACACCUUCUGGAAGUAUGCACAAAUCGCCAUAUUCCGCUUCUUCCAGGCCGUACGAAGACUCGAGCAGUGCAAACGGUAAAUCUGACGGCUUCAGUCCAUCCGGGAAGUUGUCCGCAAAAACGCCAGAAGAAACCAAAUCUUCGUCUUCGUCGCCUGAAGACGAUCCAUUAUACGACGAAGAACUUCAAGAAGCUAUAAGGCAAUUGAGAUCAGUACAAAUGCGGGGCACUGCCGGAAAUGACACAAACACAAAAGUGAAUCCGAGGAUCAAAAAAUAUUCUUUUUGUUUUGAUGCAACUAACGAAAAUAUACCUCAGACGAUCGAAGAACAUCCCUAUGAAAUGGAAGAAAAUGAUGACGACGAAAGCUUUCUCACUACGAGUAACAGAUCGAGCGCCAACGAAGUUUUGCAAUCAGGGGCAACCAAUCACGCUUCACUGUUGUUAAUGCAGCGAAACCCCAGGCGGGAAAGUGGAGGAUCCUACGGGAGCUCAAUGGAUAGUAUGGCUACUGAUCAAACGUCUUUGCACACCAGUCUUCAUGAUAAGCGUUAUUCUGCAGCGACAACAAUGUCUGCGCUUACGCCACCCACACCUAUAGAGCCGAGCAACCCGAAUGCAAAUGCAUUUUUCCCACCUGAUGAAAAGUUACCAUACAAUCGAUCACAAAGUGCCGAAUCAGGGUAUCCAUUAUUGGGAGAUAGAACAGAUGGACAUCACUCUGGGGACCAACGAUCUCCAAGACCCAACAAACCCGGCUCGCAACUCAACGACAUAAAAUUAAAAUUAUAUCGAAACUCACUAAGAAAACAAGGAGAUGAUACAGAUAUUGGAGCGCUACUUUCAAAAGAAAAUGACGGUCAUUCUUCACCUGAUAUAAGCAAAACUGACCAAGCCUCUACCUCAUCAACUGUUACUAAACCUACAGCGCGUGAGCGAUAUUCUUAUCCGAGAAUGACCAGAAGUAAGUCUGCUCCAGGAGACCAUAUUCAUUCUGUGAAACAUGGAAAAAGAUCAGGCGAUGAUCAUGGACAAAGUAGCAUAUCACAGUAUCCUAAAUACCACAGGCAAAAUUCGUCAACGUCGACAGUAUACUUUCAGCGGGGUCGAACUUAUUCUACAACAUCAAGAGGUAGUGUCGGAGGUACCAGUAUUUUGCACAAAACCAUGGCACGAAAAAAUGCAGAACGUCAUCUUCGGGUUUCUCGCACUGUACUCGCCUACGUCAUCGUUUUUGCCAUUUGCUGGCUGCCUCAGCGUAUCACUUAUCUUCUCUACGUCAUAGAGGCAUUAAUGGGAGCUACAGACGAUAUUUGCAUCAAGCUAAUAUCGGGGACCAGAUUGCUGAGUUUCAUAAGCGUGCUUCUCAACCCUGCGGUAUACAUCAUGACACAACGGGAUAUACGAGCUUAUAUUCGUAAUAGUUAUUGCGUGACUAAACUGCGUCACUGGUACACAAAGUGCACACGCAAACGACACGUCAGAGCGGAGUACAACACAGCUAGAAGUCGUGAUAAUGAAGAAACCACCGAUCGAAAACACGACAUUGAACUUCAGAUUAGACAUGACCAGGAAAUAGAGAAAGAAUUAUCAAGUAAUCGUCAAACAAAUGUUGCUCGGCCAAAUUUCCGCGUGGCGAGUCCACAACGUAUGUCCAGCCCACAGCGACCUGCAAUACAUGCGAGGAAAAACCAAAGUGGUACAACUCAUGAAACAUUUGCACCCACAACUGCAAUUUUGCGACGUGGUGCCACAACGAUUGAUGAGAUGAAAGAAGAGGAAGAAGCUGCGGAAGAAAGCCUCGAAAAGGAAAUGAAAAGAAUCGCAGCGGAAGAGGAAAAUUGCCGCAAAGAUGAUAUAAAUAAAAACUGGUUGGAAUCCUCAGAGGACGAUAUUAUAUCUGCAAAAAAUACUUCAGGCAGUGGGAAUAAAACAUCAAGUUCUAGCUCAAAAUCAGAAAACUUUGAAGAAUUUUGGAUGCGUUGGUUGAAAAGUGGGGGAGCUGAACUUUUGUCACCAGCCAAUGGAAAUUUAUCAAGCACUGACACCCCAAGUAGAAUAGACCCUAGUCUUGCAGAACUGGAUGACAUUGUACAAACAAAAAUACCAAAUGGCACAAAUAAUGAAAUAAGUGAAACGAUGAUAUUGAAAUAGCAAAAACAAUGCAAUCUACAAGUAAGAAGUGAAAUUAUCCCCUGGCCAUAUUUGGGUUCAAAAAAUAGGUACGUCAGCUAUGCUUCAAAACCCAAUAUAUAUUUACGAACAACCGAAGGUGUAUGUUCCGCAUUUUCAUCUUGACAAUGCUAUGUUUUUGCUGCUAUGGGUUUACCUGUCAGGUACGAACCAGUUCCAUUUGACUAAUCACUAAUUCCUUUCAGAACUUUUUUUUAAUAUCGAGUUCAAUCGAUUUCUGACUGGAAAAUAUACUCAUCAAUAACGCUAAAAUUAUUUGUUUCAUCAUUGUAAGCCACCGUUUUGUCCACUGUGCAAUUGCAAAACAUAGCUUUAUCUGUUUUGCUUUUCAACAUCUUAAUUAUUGUAUUUUUUUAUUAUUAUCAACUGCCUUGUUUUGCUCUACAUGACUAAGGAUUUUGUUCUUGUUCAAUCAGUGAAAUAUAUUUUGUUGUCCAACUUUCUGUCAAGCAACAUCAAGCGCAAUAAACUAACUGAUAUAUUUGGACAAUA